AUGUCACCCCCAGUUCCUCCAAGCAACGGGGGCCAACGUGAUAUUGCAAAGAACUGUCCAUCUCUAUUGGCAUACGCAGUGCCCGUUCCUUGUCUUCCUCAAUAUCAGACAUGGGAUAACGACCUUCGAGGUAAGAUGCAUCCUCUCACACCACCUUCCCACGCUUGGCGACUCUCCUGUCCAUCGCCCACCGGUGCCGCUCGUACCCCGCGCAUUGCUAAGGAUGUUUACAGCCUAGAGAAACGCGAGGCCCGUAGGGCCAUCCCCCAAGCGGAGCUAACGCGCCGAUGGGAAGUAGCGGACAAGGCCGCCGCUAAGCAGCGUAAGAAGGUCGAGAAGAUCCAGAAGAAGUGGUGA